AUGCGCAAUCGUGUUGCAUUUUACAGGCCGAUUCCACGAGAUGUGUAUGCUGGAGCUCUUGGGGAGUUGUUUCCUGCGGGGUGUCGUCCGAUGCGUUGUGUCAACCCUUCCACGUUGAGACACCUUUGCGGACAAUUUGGUGUGAGCUCAGCGGAGGCAGCUGCAACAAUGUUAGAUGCAGACCUUGACAUCAAUGUGGCUGUAAAUAAUAUUGUGAAGCGCAAGGGGUUUAAGGCAGAUUUUGGAAGUUUUGGAUUGGUUGGCUUUGAGGCCUACGCACCGGAGACAUUUUGUUUGGUGAGCUUUGCUCUUCCAUCUUUUGAUGCCACACACAGUGAUGAUGUGCUUGACGCAAUCCAUGAGUUAACUUUGUCCGCAGAAGAGAUACCGUUGGAUGUGCCAAAAGGUGAACUUGUAAAAAUUUUUUUGACUCAUUGGACUACUGAGGAUGGAACGAACUGCAAAGAGAUGAUGAACUCCUUGGACCUCACUGUUCAGUGUAUUAUUUUGUUGCCCUACGGGGGUUAUAGCCUUCAGGUUUUUCACAUCCUGCAUCCUUCCAAGGAGGGUGUUCCAAAUAUCGGAACAGGAGCAGCAGCUUGCUAUCUAGAUCUUCGAACUGGCAUACGCAAUCGCUUUGGGUUUCAUGUGGAACGUGUUGCAGAUUCUCUAAGUGAGCAAUGUACUCCGCAAGAUGGUGCACUAUGGGCAACACAUUCAUUUGUUUCGGCAAGCGUAUUGGUUUGA